UUUCAUAAAAUACCGCACAGCUGACGGCAGUCCACAACAAUAGGUACGAGGAGUGAGGACCUGCAUUUCCAGUUCCACAACAAUAUAUGCCAGAAAUCAAGAGCCGCAGUUGCUGCUGCAGACUGCCAAACAAAACAUGGACGCCGUCGAGGUAAAUACGUCGGAGGCGCAGCAGCCGGACGACGUAGACAUGCCGGCCCAGCUCGAAAUCUGCCGUGUCUGCCUCCUCGGCAACCACUUGAUGCGCGGACUCUUCCACCAGGACGUCGUACCGAAUCUCUCGGAGAAGGCCAUGAGCUUCGCCAACGUUAAGAUAAUGCCUGGAGAUGGACUGCCCUCACACAUUUGCUAUGAUUGUACGGACAAGCUUGAUUCAGCCUACAAAUUUAAGCUGCAGGUUGAGCAGGCUGACAGCAUGUUGCGGGAGAGAUUGGAUUCACUGAAUAUGAAGGAAGAACUCUUCUUCAGUGAUGUAGACGUGAACUUGCCAUCUCAUAGAACUGAUAUGGGAGGGAUAACGGAAGAAAGUUUGCUUCUGAAGGAUCACAUGGAUUUGCUAAAUGUUCAAAAAAUAACCCAUCACGAGGAUAUCUGUCAGAGUCAAGAUAUAAAAGGGGAAGACCUGGAAGAACACAAAGAUCAUCAACAGUUACUUGAAAAUGAGCAACACAUGCAGCUUCAAAGUGAUGAAGAAAUGCAUAGGAUCCACAAUGAACAGCAGAUUGAGAGUCAAGUCAGUGAAGCUAUACAGCACGUGUCGGAGGAACACCACAAUCAAUCAUUUGAAACACAAGAACUUCAAGAAAUGAUGUUCAAAGAAAUUAGUCAUCAGGAGGAAAUGCAAGAAGCAUUAAACCAUGCGCAGCAAAUGACAAUGCACGAACAUAAUUAUGUAGCAGAAGUACAGUCUUGUGAAGUUCCGAACAAGGAUGAAUCAACCAUCGAGGUAUUUGAACUAAACGAUAAGGAACAUGCAGAAAACAAUGUAAUGAAUGAAAGUAUCCAAAUUCAUGAAGUGCCAGAAGAGUCUUCUCCAGUAGAAGGAACUCGAAGAAGUAAACGUAAGAUAAAUCAAAGGAAAUUACAAGUCGACAGAGAUUCAGAUGAAGACAACUACUUUGAAAAUCUUAAUCUAAGUUCUAGAUUAAAAAAGGUUCAGUCUGAAAAGUUAGAUAAGGUUUACUUUGUGUGUUAUCUAUGUGACAGACAAUUUAUGUCAAAGGAUGUUUUGAAGGAGCAUAUGUAUUCUCAUGAGGAGAUAAAAAAGACUCUGUCCAUGUCGAAAAAGCAGACAGAAAAACUGCCAAAGACACCAGAAAAGCAAAAUACUGAAACCGCAAGCCCGACGUCGUCGAAAACACCGUCCAGUGGUAAACAACCAAAUACCUGCCCUCAUUGCGGAAAGGAAUAUCUUUAUGUUAUUUCGUUUAAUAAACAUUUGAAGCAGCACGAAAGAGAAAAAGGAAAGGAGAUGAAGGAAGAGCCUAUGCCAUUAGAAAUUUCCUUUAAAGAAGACGAGAAAUCUUUGGAUUUCGAUGGCUAUGCAGAUAAUGAAGCAAUUGGUUCAGAAAGUGAAGAAGAAAUUGCUGUUAAACGGGAAGAGGAAGUUUCGAUAAAAACAGAAUCAAUGAAGAAUGGCUUGGUCAAAUGUAACAUUUGUGAAGAAGAGUUUGACACAAUUGAUGGACUUAAAAAUCACCGUUCGCUACACGUUGUUGAAGGAAUUCUCACUGAGCCAGCUCUACAGGAUGAUACUGAAAAUACUGAAAAAGUUGAAGCAUUAGAUGUGAGCAACAAUUUAUGUGAUAAUGAAGAGCAAAAUGAUUCCAAGGUUGAAGAAUGCAGAAAUUUGAGCUGCCCGCACUGUUCAGCUGUUUUUAUUCAUAGGAAAGCUUUGGCUCAUCACAUAGACACCCAUAAUAGCAACAAGUACGUCUGUAAGCUUUGUCAUCAGAGCUUUAUGCGUAAGGAUCAUCUACGCCGUCAUGCCGAAGCACAUGGCAACAGAUUGAAAAGUUACAGGUGCACCCAGUGUAACAAGAGUUUUGGUAACGAACUGACUUUGAGAAAUCAUCUAAUAGCCACGAAUCAUAAGACGAUAAUGCAUGGACAAGAAUACGAUCCGAACAAGAGAAUCAAAAGGGUGGCUGCUAAAGCUGCGCAGAAAAUUAUCGACCAGAUUAAGACUGAUUUGAAUUCAGACGAAUUCGAGGAGGAUAAAGAUGAUAAUACUGAGGAUCAUAAAGAGGAAUUGGACCCUCCUGCAGAAGAAGAGAUCGAAAGCACAUUAUCAGCAAAGAAACAGCAGCGAAACUCUAAAGCUCUGUUCUGUGCGACAUGCAAUCAGAAGUGCACCUCAAAACAAGCUCUCAUGAAACAUAUGGAACAGCACAUUAAAACCGAGAGUACAGUAAAGCAAGAAAAAGGAAACAAGCCAGAGGAAUCGCGUGAACACGAUGUUAACGAUGAAGAAAACGAGGAGGAUGACGACGACUUCGAAGGUGGUCUCGACUGGCCGAUAGACACUCAUGAAUGUCCCACCUGUAAGAAAUGCUACAGUACCAAGAAAUCUCUUCUCCGGCAUCAGCUGCUGCAUGAGGAACCGAACUUUGAGUGUGACAUCUGCAAUGUCAAGUUUUAUAGAAAGGAUAAACUUAAAGCACAUUAUGAUAAGUGCUCGGAAAAAAAUCCGGAUCAGGUGCGAAAGUGCAACAUUUGCGGGGAUACUUUUGAAAAUAAUGAUAUUUUGAAAGAACACAGAGCUAAACACGUAAUGGAAGGAAUAUUGACGGAAGAAGAUCUGCGAGAAAUCGAACCGAGGCCAGAAGAUAGAAAUGCAGAGAAGACAACGCGGAAAAGAAGGACGGACAUCGUUGGACUUGAGUGCACUGAAUGUAACAAGCGAUACACCUCCAGAAAAGGAUUGCUUAGGCAUCUACAGGUACAUGAAGGUAAAAAAUAUCUGUGCGAUAUUUGUCCCAAGAAAUUUUAUAGGCGAGAGCAUUUGAAGAUUCAUGUCGCGAAACACAACAUGGUCAAACCAUACAAAUGUCCACGAUGCACCAAACGCUUCAUUAAGGAAGAACAGCUGAACAACCAUAUAACCAAGCACGAUAAAACGUUAAACAAAAAGGCGAAAACAGAUUCCUCCGACACCUCCAAGAGAUUCUUGUGCGAAAUCUGUUCGAAGAAAUUUACACAAUCCACUACUUUGAUAGCGCACUUGCGUGCCCAUAAUGGUAUCAAACCUUACGUAUGUGAGGUCUGUUCUCGGCCAUUUACGACGAACGCGUAUCUUAAGAUGCACAUGAGAACGCACACGCAAGAGAGGCCCUAUAUCUGCCAGUACUGUUCGAGGGCGUUCGCGCGAGCUGACACUUUAGCUAACCAUUUGACGUCGCACACGGGCGAAGCCAAGUACCACUGUAAGUAUUGUUCGAAGCACUUCAGACGAUUGAAAUCGUUGAAGGAGCAUGUAUUCAUUCAUACUGGUCAGCGUCCGUAUGCCUGUCCUACUUGCGACAGGCGGUUUAACAAUAACGGCAGCAGGUACGCACACAGUAAGCGCUGCAAGCAAAACGUCAUGCAGGCCGGCAACGCGGAAAUCACUGUGCAUAACAUCAAUGUUGAACCACAAGAAAUGCAAGAGAUGCAGACUAUUCAGGAGCUGCAGGAACAUCAAGUCGAGCAGGAUGAUCAAGAACAACAGCUGCAGCUGCAACAAGAACAACAUGAGCAGUUGCAGCAGAGUCAAUUACAGCCCCAGAGGAUACAUCAAGCCACUAUUAGUCAGGCGCAGAUUAUCAAGGGCCAAAAUAUCAAGACUAUCACCAUAACAAGACCAGAUGGUGGAUUAACUCAGCAGCAUGUAUUGGGACAAGAGAUUCUUAUGCCGCUGAUAUUGCCGCUUACGGUAACGCUCACCGAUGUAGGCGAAGAGGUGAUUCUACCAGAGGGCACUAAAAUUUUUACAACGUAAAUCAUUCAAAAAAAAAAAUUGUGGUUGUUGGUGAUGGUCUGUGAUGAACUGUGCGAUGUCUGCGUCGUGAACCAGGAAUUGAGCAGUGUCUUGUAUUCAUUUUAGAUUUAUCAAAGAAUCUAAUUUAUUUUUAAAUGAUCAAUACUAACUCAUGAAUCAUGUACUAGAAUUAAUAACAUUUAACAACAGGACACAUGCUUACGAUCUGGAGACUUUUAAGAUAAUUGUAUAGUAGUGAUAUCGGAUCAGUGUAUUAUGAGUGUGUAAUAUAGGCGACUUAUUUUUUUUACGAUGCGUGAAUACGAUUAAGUAAGGUACCCAUACGCAAAGAAUUUUCUUCCAUUUUUCCUUCUAUUUAUUUUAUUUUAUAGAACUUUUCACAAAAAAUAUAUUUCAUAUUUUUUAGAAUUGGUUAGAAAACUAAAAUUAUGAAUAUUGAUUUUAAAUCUGAAAAUUUAAAAAGCUUCAGAAAUAGUUAUAACCUAUUAUAAAAGUUAUUGUUUAAUUGUUUCAAUUGUUUAGUUUAGGGUACCAAGAAUAAAUGAAAAGUUUUUUAUAGCAUUGUGACACUAGAGAUGUAUUGAAAUAUUUUCAAAAUCUUUGCUAUCAAGUACUAAUGAUUUAUAAGAAUGAAAUUUUUCCUUUAACGUUAAUUAAUUAAAAUCUGUAUUACGAUUACUAUUUUAUUUUGUUAAAUAUUAUAAAUUGAACUUUGUUAUACUCUUUAUUUGGUGCUAAGCUACGUUAAACGCUAGCUUCUGAAAAAGCAAAAAUUGAUUUUUGUAAAA